GCAAAGGCAGUAAUGCCCUGGCACUGUAGCUGAUUGUGAAAAUGCAUAAAACAUAGUAAACAGCUAAAAAAAAUUAUAAAAAUAAACAAGAGUACAAAAAAGGAGCCAGCAGCAGCGCUCGCUGCGCUUCAGCUUUAGAGUGUGUGCGUGCGUACGUGUGUGUGUGUCGGGUAUUUUGUUCUGCAAAUAAACAAAAUUAUUAUUGUGUUAAAUAUAAAUAAUUAAAGCCAGCUAGAGUUAAUGUAAAUUAUAUGUCAUGGAGACCAUAGAGGAGCAAUCAAAAUGCGAAAUGUCCAUUACGACGCUGCCCACGCGUAUCUGUUUGGUGGGCGCGGCGGGGGACGAUACAUCGACUGUUGCUGCAGCCGAGAGUUUUGGCAUACCCGUCAUCGUAUCGCCCACGGGUCUGGAUCUCGUUAAUGAUAUGGAUUGGCGCACCUUCUAUGUUUUGCCGGACUUUGAGUGCGAAACCUUCGAGGCCAUACAUAAACUAAAACAAUGCAUUCUUGGGCCACCCGCUUUGAAGUACGCGGCCGAAAUGAAGCAGACAUUGGGUCAGAAUUCGCGACCCAUUUACAAUUAUGCGAUGCGUGGCGUGGUCACUUGUUUUACGGGCAUACGCAAGAAAGAUGAGCUGACAAAACUGGUAAAUCUCAUACACUCCAUGGGCGGUUGCAUCAAAAAGGAUUUGAAUACAAAGACAACGCACUUGAUUUGCAAUCACAGCGGUGGCGAAAAAUAUCAGUACGCGAAAACCUUUCGUUUGACAGUGGUGCGACCUGCCUGGGUCUAUGCUGCCUGGUCAGCGCGUGACACGCCCGAAUUUGAGGCCACACAGGAUACCUUUACGAAGGAUCACAAACUCAAGGCAUUUGAGGGACAAAAGAUUUGCUUUUUCGGCUUUCCCGCCGAAGAACACCAACACAUGGUCGAUGUGCUGUUGGAGAAUGGCGGUGUUUGCGCCGAACUGGACGAUCCGGAGUGCUCGCAUGUCGUGAUGCCCAAUACGGGCGCUGUUCUUACAAGCACUAGCACAAAUACUACUAACAGCACUAAGUCGAACACUACUAAUCCCAAUCCCAAUAGCAGCCAUAUCCUAAGCACACCCAAAGCCAAUGUCAAGGUCGAUGCUGUCGAGACGCCGCCGCCGCCGCUUUCGGCGCCUCAUACUCAGCCUCAACUUUUGCCCGGCCCGCUGUCGAUUAAGCGAGAAGCUCAGGCGGAAGUUGAUGACUACGAUGAUAUACAUUUUGACGAGCGUUUGUUUGUGGAACCUGAGGAUAUGAAACCUGCCUUGGAUGAUGAGCUUCCCGACUCGGAUGAGGAUGUGCUGCCAACUACCGUUGAGCAAAAUGCGAGCACACCAAAGACCCCCAAAAUGCCGCCGCAUAUCAGUAUUACGGCGGCCACGCCUGCAGAUUGCUCAUCACCCAUAGAUGAUGGUGUUGUUCUCACAUUGAACGAGCCGAACGACUUCCAAGAACCCACCCAAAAUCUGUCACCCAUCUUGAAGGCGCCCAAAUUGCAAAUCGAAACCAUAAAUGAGUGCGAUAUGGAAACGGAAAUGGAAACGGAUGACUUGCCAUUGGGUGAGAAUGAGCUGAAGCGCAAGCGGGAUAGCUAUGACAAUAUAUCACUCAUGUCAGUGGACUCGUUCGCACUGCCGACCAGCACCAAGAAGCCCAAACUAAUACGCACGGGUUCCAUAACAAGAACCCUCAAACGCUCCAUGAGUUUUGUGGCCGAUCGCACUCCCAUUAUAAAAACAUUGCGUACGCGUCGCAGUUCCGUGGCAGCGGCAGACGCGUCCGCCUAUUUGGACAGCGAAGCGGGAGAUGAUUCCAUAUGUUCCCUAGCCUCUAUUAAUAGUACUCUGAACGAGUCUAUUCGGAAACCCGUUAAGGAUAAGCUGCGCACAAUUUGUGGUCGCAUUACUCGGAGCAGUAGUCGCAAGGCGGAACGCGAGAAUGGCGCUCUUAUUUUGGGUACCCCAACAACCCAAGACUGUAUACUGGAUAGUGGUUUUAAAACUCCAAAGGCGCCGAUUCCACGAUUUGGCGGCGGCAGCACUUCGACCACCUCGAAGACGGCGAAACGUCUCUUCGGGCCACUUGGCCUCGCUUCCUCCUUCACUGUAACUACCAAUAAUACUAACACAAAUCUCGAUGCUAGCAACAGCGAAGCUUCCAGUAUUGCUUUCUGCGCAGCUACCGCGGCCAUUCUGCCCCUAACAGCUGAGUCAACAUCAACAUUCACAACCGCAUCCACAUUUAACGAAAACUCAUCAACAACCGCUGUACAUAGUGCCGUGGAAAUAAUCCAAACCGAUGGUCCCAUGCAAGCAGCCAAAUCGCCCAAUCGAGGGGCUGGUAAUGCACAGCUAAAUGGCAUAGAAGAUCCCUCCAUGGCAAUGGUUGUCGAUGAGCACACGACGCUGACCAAGCCGGCGCCCAAGAAUCAUCACACACACAUAUUGAAAUCGGAUUGGUUCUGGUAUACCAUACAGAAUGGCUAUGCCAAUGAAAUGGAUUACCUAUUUGGCGAUUACUUGGAUAGCAUUACGAAUACGCCGAAUGUGGACCGACGUGAUUCGCUGCCCAUAAGUUUCAAUAAACGGAAGCGUAAGCGUUUAUCGCAGCGUAUACAGUUGGAAGGCACUCCUUUGGGUUCGGGCAAGCGGCGCUCCUCGGUAUCCGAUGCCGGUCUUUUGUCUGUUUCGGGCAGCUUCUUUGAUUGCACGACCAGUCCGGACAAAUUGGAGAGCGAUAAGCUGUUGCUUGCCGAGCCGGAGAUUGGUGGCGAGUCCACGCCAACCAAGAAGUCGAUGCGUUUCAAUCAUUUCAUGGAUUUCUACACCACAGAGUCAAACUAUGUGGGCAUAUUAGACACCAUACUGAACCUUUUCAAGAACAAGUUGGAGGAAUUGGCGGAAACGAAUGAUCCGCUGCUGAAUAAAUCGGAAAUCAAAUCAAUAUUUGGCAACUUUCUGCCCAUACACGAGGUACAUCAGAGUAUGUUGGAGGAUUUGCGGAAAUUGCACGCGAAUUGGCGCGAGGAUUGUCUCAUUGGUAACAUCAUACUGCAGCAUCAGGAUGAGCUCAUCAAGGCCUAUCCGCCCUACGUGAAUUUCUAUGAACAGAUGAAGGAACAGUUGCAGUACUGUGAUCGCGAAUAUCCUCGCUUCCAUGCCUUCCUCAAAAUAAAUCAAACGAAACCGGAGUGUGGACGCCAGAGCCUGCAGGACCUGAUGAUACGUCCCGUACAGCGUCUGCCCAGCAUUAGUCUGUUAUUGAACGACAUACUGAAGCAUACGAAUAAUGCGAAUGCUGAUCAUGCGCGCCUCGAAGAGGCACUAAAAGCCAUCAAGCAGGUGACGCUGCACAUUAACGAGGACAAGAGACGCACCGAAUCGCGCAUGGCCAUAUUCGAUAUAUUCAAUGAUAUCGAGGGUUGUCCGGCGCAUCUGGUUAGCUCAAAUCGCAGCUUCAUCUCCAAGUGUGAGGUCAACGAGCUCUCCGACUGUGUGAGCGGUCGCGGCGACAAUUUGGUACUCUAUUUAUUCUCCGAUUCCCUGGAGGUGUGUAAGCGACGCUCGCGUGGCUUCAACGCCGCUAAAUCCCCGAGCGCCGCCAAGACGCAUAAACAUAUCAAACUGAUAUCUUUGAACACCAUUCGCUUUGUCAUUGAUAUUUCGGAUAGUCCGCGGGCCUUUGGCUUGCUGCAGCGUGGCGAGAAGGAGAAACUCUAUACGUUCGGCAUCAUUGAUGAAGAGACGGACAAAUUGGUCUAUCUGAAGAAACUGUGCAUGCAAAUGGCGGCGCACACGUGUCGCACCGAUGCGGACAAAAUGUUGCUAAGUCGCACCUCACAAGAACUGGAAGUGGACAUUAGCGAUGUAAAUGUCAGUACGCUGAGUAAGGCGUUCAAAUUGGCGGCCAAAACACGCUUAAAGGUUGGUCGCGCAUUCUCCUUCAACAAAACGCCGAACAAGCUGAAACGCGCCGUUUCGACGAUGAUGACCUCGCCAUUUGGCAGCACCAACUCGCUGACGCCUGCCUCGCAAUUGGCGCAAAUGCGUUUGGCCAGUUGCACGAAUAUUAAUGAAGUGGACGACGAGGACUGCGCCAGCAUGAGGAGUAGUUCGCCAUCGACGCAAUCAGAAAUGCUUGUGGUGCCGCCCCUUUCGGUGCAGCCCACGCGAAAAAACAAGGCCGUUGUGGGUCGCAUUUAGUGGCAGAUAGCCGUGGCAUCUCUUACUGCUCUAUUCCAUUUUACACUGCACUGUGUGUAGGCUUUAAAGCAUGCCUCAAGGUAUGCAAAACACAAAAGUAGGGAAGAAAUCUCGCAUAUACGUAACUCUCGUUUUUGUAAUCCCACACAACACGUCACGCGUCCAAUAUUGUUAGAUUUUAAACAAACAAAAUUUUACUGUUUAAGUUUUGUGGCGCGCUCUCGCAAAUGUUGAAGCAUUUUGUCGCAGCGCGCGAUUUCUUCUUUGGCGGCAACAUCCUGUCUGCCUAUCGAUUAUGUAAACUAUUUAUAAUAAUGCUGUAAAUAUUUUUUCUCCAUACAAUUUUAUGUAUUGUGACACUUCUUAAUUCGUGUGAUCAAUUAUUGUACGGUGUCGCGUUCAAUGUAAUAAUUGUUCAAAUGUAACUAAACUCGUAGUGACUAAAAAACCAGAACAGAAAAAGGAACGAAAGCCUAGCGUUUAGCAUGCAUUCACACAAUAAUGCACUGAGCAUCGAGAUCGAUUGAUCGAUCGAUUCGGUUCGGUUCAGUUUAGGUGGCUGGCCUCUAUUCUCUGGCCACACUCUGCAAAGCUGUGAAUGUUUACUGAGUAAAUUUAAAACAAAAUAUAAUUUUACUUGUAAGCCAAACUAAAA